UUAGUCAGUCAAUACUUGUCAAUAGAAUUUCUUUUGUCGUUGAUAAUAAAACUCAUAGUUGUCGAGAGGUAGUAAUUUUCUAGUAGAAUUUUCAACAAAAAGGAUAGCGGUUCAUAAUGGCAAAUUCAGAAAUCGAAACACGUUCAAGUCGUUGGCGCAAGGCCAUGGUUGGUCCACUGCCCAACGAUUUUCUACGUAUCAACAGCGGCGUUGAUGCCCAGGUAGCUGCAGACUGUCAAGCAGCAGCCGCAGUAUACCAACAACAAGCGUAUCCGCAAUAUGUUGCACCUAAUUAUGUCGGCCGUUUAAGCAUCACUUGUGCGCAAGCGAAAUUAGCACGAAACUAUGGAAUUACCCGAAUGGAUCCUUAUGUGCGUAUACGAGUCGGCCACUUUGUAUACGAAACGCAAACAGAUCCCAAUGGAGGCAAACAUCCACAUUGGAAUCGUGAGAUACAAAGCCAAUUGGCGGCAGGUGUUAAUUCGAUAUUUAUUGAAAUUUAUGAUGAAUGUAGUUUCAAAAUGGAUGAAUUGAUUGCUUGGUGUGAAAUUAAAAUACCACAAAGUGUGAUGCGUGGCGAAACACACGAAGAAUGGUAUCCCCUAAGUGGUAAACAAGGUGAUGGUCUUGAGGGUGCUAUUGAUAUCGUGCUAAGCUUUUCAAAUCAACCAAUGCAGCCGUACAUGUACCAAACAAUGGGUGGUGGUGCGCCAAUGUUAAUGGUGCCCCCGGGUCGACCAAUGCCAAUAUUUGUCACACCUCAACAACCGCCAGUUACAAAUACGGUGAUGCCGCCAGCACCGCGACAGUUGUCCGAAGAAGAACUCAAACAAAUACACGAAAUGUUUCCAAAUAUCGACAAAGAAGUUGUCAAAUCUGUAUUUGAAGCGAACAAUGGGAAUAAGGAUGCAACAAUAAACUCUUUGCUGCAGAUGAAUGAAUGAAGUGUGCAGUUGCAGCAAACUAUUUUAUACCUAUACACAUAUAGUACAUACAUAUAUAAAAUAUUAACAUAUAAUACAUAUUAUUCAACUACGUAUGUAAUGAUUAACAAUAACAAUUAAUGUAAGCAUAAAUAAAUUUAAAAUAUAGAUUUUUCAAAAUUCGCCAAAUCCAGUAUA